ACAACCCCCCAACAAGUCAUCGGACCUGUCAAUCAAGCGGUCGGCGCCCUUUGAAGUCGGGACUCCUCGCCUUGUCUUGGACUCAAAUGAGCUGUUUGCUGUUGUAGUGAAACAUUAUUCUCCUACCAAGCAACCAGCCGGGGGAAACGCCACAUCUCAACUUUUUCUCUCUAGGUGCUGGGGCUUUCUCUACUUUUUUCUUCUUGGAGGCCACCAAACUGAGGAUAUCUACCUGAAAAAGUCACUUUAUUCUUUUAUUUAUUUAUACUUUUAUUUUUAUUUUUGUUUGUUUGUUUUUUUAACAACUUUAUAAGAGAGGUGGAAAAAACAAGUCUAGGGGAGGGAAGUAGUCAUGCCUCAGCUCAGCGGCGGCGGAGGGGACGACCUGGGAGCGAAUGAUGAGAUGAUAGCGUUCAAAGACGAAGGAGAACAGGAGGAGAAAAUCCAGGAGAACGCCUUCACAGAGAGGGACCUGGCCGACCUCAAGUCCUCUCUGGUGAACGAGUCGGAAAUAAAUCAAAGUCCGAACACGGCGGCGGUCAGACGGGGACAGCAGGGCGAGCACAGGGUCUUCCAGGAUAAACACCGAGAGCAUCUCGAAGGAGUGUCAAAACAACAAGAUGGAGGCAUGUACAAGUCGCCGGCGUAUCCAGGGUAUCCGUUCCUGAUGCUGCCAGACCCUUACCUCCCCAACAGCUCAGUUUCACCAUCCUCGAACAAAGUGUCAGUGGUCCAGCAGUCCCACGGGAUGCACCCCCUGACGUCCCUGCUGCCCUACAGCAAUGACCACUUCAGCCCCAGUCCUCCACACCUGCCCACAGACAUGAGCCAGAAGACAGGUAGGAGCACACCGACCAACACAUAUGCAGGUGUUCACAGGCACCAGUCCCAGGACCUCUCAGGGUAUUACUCCCUUCCUCCAGGUGGCGUUGGCCAAAUCACUCCUUCCAUGAGCUGGCAGAGCCAGCCCGUCUACCCUGCCUUGUCCCCUUGUGGAUUCAGGCAGCCCUACUCCUCCGGUCUUCCCAGCGCAUCCUCCUACUCCAGGUUCCCUCACUCUUUAAUGCUCGGGCCAUCAGGCGUGCAUCCUACAGGGAUCCCCCACCCAGCCAUAGUACCCUCUUCAGGCAAACAGGAGCAUGAUCAGUACGACAGAGGCAUGUACAUGAAACCACAAAUGGAGGUCAAGCGAGAGAAGGAGCCCAAGAAACCGGUCAUCAAGAAGCCUCUGAACGCCUUCAUGCUGUACAUGAAGGAAAUGAGGGCAAAGGUUAUCGCCGAGUGCACAUUGAAGGAGAGCGCCGCUAUCAAUCAGAUUCUGGGACGAAGGUGGCAUGCUCUGACCCGGGAGGAGCAGGCCAAGUACUAUGAGUUGGCCCGAAAAGAGAGACAGCUCCACAUGCAGCUCUACCCGACCUGGUCUGCUAGGGACAACUAUGAGGCGGGCCUUAGCGGGGUCGCAGGGGAAAAGAGUAAAGCUGAUUGGGGCAAGAAGAAAAGGAGAAAAAGGGAGAAGCAGCAGGACUCCAAUACAGACCCGGGCUCUCCUAAGAAAUGCCGAGCUCGCUUCGGCCUCAACCAACAAACGGACUGGUGUGGUCCUUGCAGGAGGAAAAAGAAGUGCAUUCGCUACCUUCAAGGAGGAGGCUGCCCCAGCCCAUCUUCUUCAGAUCUAAGUGCUAUAGACUCUCCCCCCUCCCCUUCUCCCUCACGCCUCCGCCUCUACCAUCAGCAGCCUGCUCCCUCCCCAGGCUGCUCCCCGCCGCCUGUCUCGCCGUCUACUCGCCUCCCCUCACACACGCGCUUGCACACUCGCUUCCCAUCAGAGCAGUCUGCCGGUAAGCAGACGGACUUCCGGCAGCCCCCGCUGGACAAACACCUCCCGAACACGCACCUGGAACUGUCCGGCAGGCAGACGCACUGCUCUACGGCGCUGUCUGCUGCCAAAGUGGCAGGACUUUCCCUUAAAGUGCUAACAGAGACUCACUGACCACGAGGAUCCGCUGACUUCACCGUCACUGUUCCCCUUUCCUCGGCUUCCUCUAAAGGCAUGAAGCUUAUUCUGGUCACCUGCCUUCAUCUAACAGUUAACAGUCUGGUCAGGUUACUGUAAAAGUCCUCAUUCCUAUUUUAUAUCACAGAUAAGGCAAAACAGACGGGUCAAAUAAUAAGAUUGAUUGGUGAAAAUGAUGCAUUUGACGCAUUUCUGAUUUAAAUCAAGGU